AUGGUCUGGAUUUUAUUAGCAUUGACUCUCUGUGUGGUCGGGUAUGUUACCGGAGAGGACUGUCCUCCAGGCUAUGCUCGCCACACCGGGACCAUUGAGAAAAACAAGAGCAUCCAGUGGAAAAAAUGUCCCGUCAAAGAGGAACCAGCCCUUGAGUGUGGAGAACUGUAUCCUUACACUCCGUCUCUCGUUCGGGUGCCGGCGAACAGCACUGUUGCUAAUGCAAAGUCAAUUGUGACCAAUCCUGGCGGUCCAGGGGGAAGUGGAGUGAACGACACAAUCAACGGAGCGACCUGGUACCAAGAACGAAGUGGUGGCUUGUAUAAUAUUAUCUCCUUCGACCCUCGUGGUGUGGGACUUACGAUACCCUAUGGGUGUCCCAACACUGAGUCGGAUUCGGGUCUGAAUUUCGAGCUCAGUCUCACGUACAACAAUGCCAAGGGAUUGCAAGACGCCUAUACAUAUCUCACAAAACAGGGCUUGAGAUGUGGAGAAUCAGACUAUAAAGUGGACGGCCAGCUUAUCGGUACAGCGUUUGUGGCCCGUGAUAUCAAUGCUAUUUUCGAGGCAUUGAACGAAGAUGGCCUCAUAAGAUAUUGGGGAAGCUCGUAUGGUACCUUACUCGGCGAUACCCUAGCAGCAAUGUUCCCAGAGAAGAUCGACCGUAUGGUUCUUGAUGGCAAUAUCAACCCUGCAGACUAUUAUCAUGGUACAUACGAAGAGACUGUUCACGAUACCGAUGCCUGUCUGCUCAACUUUUUUGAGGCUUGCGCAGAAGCUGGCCAGCCGUUCUGUGCGUUGGCAAAAAAAGGAUAUUCUGGCCAGGAGUUGCAAGAAAUGUUCUACAACUGGUUUGACAAUGUGAAGAACAGUACCUACACCGUGGAAGGUCCAGAUGGUUCGGCCAUCAGCUACCCUCAACUUCUGAACCAAAUGCUGAAUGCACUCUAUGACCCGAGCAAGUGGAUAUCCACAGCCAACGAUUUUGCUUCGUACGUAGAAAACAAGACUUUUUCGAUGUCUCUUGACCAUGAGAAAAGGGACUUCGACCCUAUGGUCGCCGUGGAACUCGGGAUAGAGAAUUUGACGCCAAAUUUACUGUGGGGGGUUACUUGCGGGGAUUGGGACGACAUCCCCGGAACACUUCAGGACUAUCAGCGAUGGCUUGAGAUGUACGAAAGCCUAAGCAGGUUUGGUGGCGAUCGUAUGAUCGAGUACCUCUUUCGCUGCUCUAAGUGGGAGGUCAAUGCGAAGGAGCAGUAUGAUGGUCCAUUUACCAACAUCAAAACUCGAUCACCGAUCCUCUAUGUCAAUGGGCACUUCGACCCUGUCACUCCGUUGAUAUCGGCGCAGAAUGCCAGCUCCGGGUUCGUCAACAGCCGAGUCCUUCAACACACCAGUACAGGCCACUGUUCCGACAGGCAGCUUUCCAAGUGCCUGGACGAGAAAGUCUCGGCAUACUGGAUCAGCGGGACACUGCCAGAUGCGGAUGAAAUCUGCCAUCCAGACCAUUCCGUGGCUGAAGAUGCAUUCAUACUCCCUGCCGCCAGUUCGCGGCUCAAGCGCGGUACAAACUUCGAUUACCCAGUCGCAUUCUACUCUCCUGUGGCCAGCAGUACCCAACCACAGGCGCCUUCCCGGGUUCUGACUAAACGGACAAGCACCGAAAGCGAACUUAUACUCAUUCCAGCCACGUGUACGGCUGAACCAGGCACCGGCAGUACCAGUUCAGGCAGUGGGAGCCAUAGCGGCAGCGAGAUAUUGUCCGAGGCAGAUGUCCAAAGGGGUCUCAGUGAUCUGAAGGACAUCUGUAAUGGCUAUACCGGUGACAAGUGGUUCUUCCAGUUGCUGUGUGCUAAAUUCGGUUAG